AUGACGGCCAAGUAAACAGACUGCAGGUUACGAUCUGUCGGUCUCUCUCCUUCGCGUGGGCGAGGAAGGGCGUUGAGAAGGCGCAGCGUGGGACGGGUCAUAAGAAUUCAUCCGCCGCGCUUUAUCUGCUCUCCCCCGAUUCCGCGUCCCUCAAAACCCUACCGCUUCCGCCUCUCCUCGAUCGCUGUUUCCCUUCGUCUACGGAGAUUCCGUCGAUCCCCUUCCGUCACUAGGCCGGGCGUUUCACCAUGGUGAGACCCACGAAGCAGCCGGAUCCUGCUAAUAAUAGAGGCGGGCCGGCGGAGUGCGGCCGAGCAGAAAACGGUAGGGAGGAAGGCGAUGCCGGAGUCGCUUCAUCAGCUCAGCAAGGAACGGCGGACCGUCGGGUUCUUCGAUCCCGUUAUUUGGCGAUGAAGCACCUGAUCAGCGAUAAAAGAGAUGACAUUGCGGGAGUCGAUUCUGGAAAUUUCAACUCAAUCAUCACGGAGGUUGAAAGCUUGCACGAACUCGUCCAGAAGCCUAGGGAGCAGGUGGCAGAUGCAGAAGCUCUUUUAGACAUUGCCAACACCUUGGUAACAUCUGUUAAGUCUCAAGCAAAUGAAGGAAUAACCCCUUCAGAUUUCGUAAAUGCUCUUCUAAAGAAACAUGGAGAAGUAAAUGGAGGAGAAAGCACUGGAAAUACUAUCCACUGGUCAAAUCUUGGCUGUAAUGUUGCCUAUAUUUUCAGGAAUGCCUCUGGAUGUUCUACAAUGAUUGGUCCAAUGGGGAAUGAAUUGAAGCAGCGCAAGGCGGUUGUUCAGAGAAAGCGAACAAGACCAACUGAAAGUCGUCAGCCAGAAGAGCUUGCAGAUACUGGGACUGAGGUUAAAACUGAUACCGACAAAAACAUGUCAACCAUGUUUGACAUCUUAAGGAGAAAGAAAAGUGUGAAACUGGAAAACCUGGUGCUGAAUAGAGAAUCAUUUGCACAGACUGUAGAAAAUAUAUUCGCUUUGUCAUUUCUGGUAAAAGAGGGAAGAGCAGAGAUGACUGUGAAUAGCAACGGCCAACAUAUUAUUUCUCCAAGAAAUGCCCCCGCAGCCUCUGCAGUUGCAUCAGGUGAAGUCUCAUACAGUCAUUUUGUAUUCAGAUUUGACUUCAAGGAUUGGAAGCUGAUGAUUGACAAUGUUGCCGUCGGGAAAGAGCUGAUGCCACACAGAAACAACAACAUUGGUGGUGGUGCAAGUACAUCCAACUCUAACAAUGCUGGUGAGGAAUCACAAGCCCCUGCAACACCAAUCAAAAAGCUGACUAGAAAUCGGGGCUUGAUCAUACAAGAAGCCUCCAUUGUCGAUGAAUCACUAGAAACUGCUACUGCAACAAAAAAUGGCAAGAGAAAACAUUUAUUUCUAUAGAGACAUCUACUGAUGGGGAGUAGCUUAUACUAACUAGAACUGCAUGAAUUGGACCUACUCCUAAUUUAGACUAACGAGAACUUCUGCAGGUGAUUAACCUAGAUAUCCAGAAUGUUUUUAUGAUGGGUGUUUCUGCUCUGAAACUGAACAUCAUCUACACACACGUUGCACAUCCGUGUGCAUUUUAUUUUAUUUUUUUUCGAUUUGAUUUUUUUUUUCGCUUAAUACUAUAAUCAUUUCAGAGGUUUCCUUUAUCUGUGUCAAUAAACAAUUUGAAAUAUCUCGAUUUUUUUGAACA